CUGCGGGGGAAGAGGACGCAAGGAGCAUUCAAUUCCAGGAGAAAAGCUUUUCCAAGCACAAGGCAAGCAUUUGAAAGGAAGGUCGUACAUUGAUCAUACACUUUGGAAUGAUGGAAAACCUGAGUACCAUCACUUACUCCACCUAUUUACCGGAAGAUGGAUCAAACACUCUCGACGUCGGAGUCAUCCUGGGGAUGAUCACCUAUUCGCUCCUGGGAAUCACCAUCAUGUUCUCUAACACCGUAGUCAUGGUGACUUACUGGACGGAACGUCGCGUCUGGCAGAACAUCUCUCAUCUUUUCAUCCUUCACUUGUCCAUCGCAGACUUCUUGGUGGGGUUCUCCAUCUUCCCUCUGACCAUUUCGAUCAUGUCGGCAGGUCGGUGGCCCUUCGGUGAGAUCCCCUGCAAGAUCUUGAGCGCCUUCAACUACAUGGUAACCUACAUACCUGGCCUCUUCAUCCUGGCCGUCACUACCUUUCGACUAUUCCUCGUCACAAACUUCAGCCGGGAGAAUGUCGUCCAGCGUAAGCACGUGAUGUGGGUUAUCUUUGUUCUCUGGGCGGCCACCAUCAGCAUCUACCUCUUCCUGGCAUUUGCCUGGCCGGGCAUCACUGGAAACGAAGUCGUGGACUACGAUUCCGAGUGUCUCUUGGAAUACGUCUACCACACGCAAAUGUCGCUUAUCAUGAUUUUCUUUGAGUUCGUGAUUCCUUUCGUUUUCUUGCUGUCUAUCAGCUUUGGCCUGUUUUGGAAGAUCCGCCAGAGAUCUAGAGGUGUUAGGAACACUUCCUGGCGAAUGACCGAGACGUGCACCAACAUCACCCCACCUAGAACUUUAUCGCCCGAUCCAGCACAAGUGGGAAAACAGGAUUGCUGUACAAAUGGUCAAAGACGGGCGUCAGAAUACUCUGUUAAAAAUUUGCAUGUAAUGGAGUUACAGGAAAAGGGUGAAUCGGCUUCGACUGCUAGUUUAUGCAAUGGGAAGGAAAGCCACGAAAUUGAAGAAAUGUGUACUCAGGUAAAGGAAAAACCUGAUCUACAAGUGAAAGAAACUAUCUUUUUGUGUAAAAAUACGGGAAACCAUUUUGAGGCUUCUAAAGUUCCCCCUCCUCAACAAAGCUCUGCAAGUACCAUUUCUCGUGUUGAAUCUCGUGCCGUGUUAGGAGGCAGUUCUAUAAAGAAUCGCGUAAGCACAAUGGCGGAACAUGGAAACAAAACCACUCCGCAAUCGGGCAAAGACUCUAUCAGAGGACAUCGCAAAGCUGCCAUCAUGCUCUUUGCCAUCGUAGCAGCAUUUGCCAUCUGUUGGUUGCCUUACGUCAUUCUCUCUCUGAUAUUCCUUGUCUACCCUGAUAUUGUUUCUUCGUCGGUUUUUGAAGCGAUUAGUGGAACCCUGUACCUGAACUCUCUUAUAAACCCCGCCCUCUACGGAAUGACUAACGUUCAUUUCAGGCGAGGGUUUAUCAAAGUUCUGCAUCUGCCACGGCGAUGGCUCCCUUAGCACUGACUGUAUGAGAGACUGAUAUAGAGGAAAAGAGUAAAAGAGAAUGAAAAUGAGAGAGAGA